AGUCGCAUCGCUCUCGGUUAUCGGCCGAGGCACUCGCACGGCGGAAACCUUACUACCCCCUUACUACGUCCUUUCGCAUUAUUUCUCGCGGACCCGUUCAAUCGCGUGAACCAAACGACGUGAGCAUUAUGCGCGCAGCCAGAGGGCGCGUACGCAUGAACCACCAUAAAAACGGAAUCCCUGUGAACGAUGAAAUCGUGAACGAACCUCGGAUGUUCGCGCGUUCACCGAGGCUUUGACACAUUGGCCCGCCUCACCCUUAGUAGACGCGUCGAAGUCGGUCGUAGAAAGAGCUCGCGUUUUAUCACCCCCGAUACCACCCCCUCUCUCCCUCUCUCCCCCUUCAACCCCGUCAUUUAUUCGCGCCCUCGCGCGUACUCUCCACUUCGAGACGCAUAUACACCGUCGGAAAGAACACCGUAGAACGUCUCUCUAGAUUUCUCACGUUCACCACCUGUCCCGAGGAUACGAGUUCUCCUCCUCUGUCGCUUCCUCUCUCUCCCCCCACCCACCUGAGCCCCUACCGUAGACAACAAGUAGCGAGAUCGUAAUUAAUAUCGUAAACAAGUGCGACGCGACACUCUCCUGUUGCGAAGGGGUACGAUUUUGUUUGUUGCGCCCGAGAACUGCAUUUCGAAUUAGCCGAAUUAGCCGCAUACCUUUUUGCUGGCAACGCUCCCCCAUUUCCGCUGGGUUACCCGCGAUCUUUUAUCUCCCCAACUUCGAGUCGCCGAACACCGAUCCUCCGGCGGAAAAGCAGUCUUCAGGUGACGAGAAAUCGAUUCGAAUCCAUGACCUCGUGGCGAGCGAGCGAUGCGACGGUGAACGAAAGAAAGAAUGCUUCGUAGUCGGUAAAAGUUGACGAGCGAAGAGAACGACCGUGGAGGAAUUAUGCCGGACAAAAAUCGAGGCUGUCGAGAUGGACAACGCGACAAAGAUUUCUUUGCCGAUGAGAUAUCGUCCAUCGGCAUGUCGCUACGGCCCAGCGGUAGCGCUUCUUCCGGUAUCUCAUCCCUUGCGAGUUGUGGCGAGGUGGACGCGUUGCCGGAAUUACCAGCCCAGGACGAGGAACGAUUGCAACGCGCCGCACGUUUGUUGCAACAAAGGCUCGUUUUACGGCAAUGGCUCACUGACCAUGGCUUGCACAGCCAUUAUCAAAAAUUAAUGCAGAUGGAAGUGAUGUCUCUGGAGGAUGUGUAUUGGGUGGAGGAUAAUGCGGCACGGGCAGCCCUUGGCAAGGAUUUACCGCGAUGGACCCAGGCCAGACAGACGUUGCCUACUUCAAAGGAAGAUUUAGAAACCCUCAAGGCUGAUUUGUGGAGCGCCGUGGUGAAAAAUAGCCAACAUCAAGACGCUUGGACAUGGGGUGGAAUGUUAGUUGUCUCCGUGUCAGUAGCAGGGUUAGUGACCCUGGCUGCUAUGACACAGCCGGCCCUAGCACCAGAGGCAAAACACUCCUUGUUACAAUAUGUGACCGGAAAGUAUUUACUACCGAGCAAUUGUCGGGUUCAUUUUGCAUGGGAUGAGCCGCAACUUGUGGGAGAAACUAUGACGUUUACAGUGAAGUUUUAUCAACGCAACGGCCAACCGUAUCCAAUUUGUGACAAAGACAAUUUGAUCGUCGAAGUCACAGAGGGUACACGAAGAGUAGCUACCCUAAUAGAGUUAGGAGGCACUGAUCCCUUAGCUGCAAACACUGCAGUUGUAAAGUUUACUGUCCGCCAUGCUGGACAAUAUCGAAUAGCCGUACUUAUUGGUUCGUGUCACGUUCACGGCAGCCCGUUCCUUAAAAAUUUUCUUCCCGGCCCCCCAGAUCCGAAUAAGACCGUGUUCGUACGACAAAGUUCAACGGUCGUUUGUACAGCCGGAAUUGCACAUUCUAUGACAAUAGAGCCGCGAGAUGAAUACGAUAAUCUAUGUAUAUUUGGACCUGGUGAUAAACCUACGGAGGGUUAUCAAGUUAACAUUACUCAGAUUGGUAGUACAAUGAAUAAAUCGGCUAUUACAAAUUGCAGUAUACAAUUUGACUAUGACUCUCCAAAUCAAAGGAUUCGUUUAAAAGUCAGUUUCCCGAAGGGCAACUGCUACCAUGCGACAGUUAGUUUACGCGGAUUGCAGCUACAUAACGGCGAUUUUGACAUCAUUGUACUCGAGAGUGAUGUUGCUAGAAUGGUACAUAAUAACGUGGCCUCGAAAGAUCCCAACAUUUGUUAUGCCGCAAAAUUGUUGGGUAUGCAAGGAGAAAAAUUUUCGAAACCGAAAAAAGUUGUCUGCUUUAUUUCGCCUAAACAGCUCACUAUCAAGGAAUACUUGUUAAGAAUUAUACCAAAAAGGCUCGUUACUUUCAGGCUUUGCCCAUCAACUAAAUUCCAUUUUGAUUGUUCAAAUAAUCAAUACGAUGGUUACGACUCUUUUUCUAUCGAUGAUGGAUGUCAGCCACCCGUUGAAUUAAUUUCUCUGUAUCGAGAUAUAAUAGCCGCUACAUUUACGUUGUUUUUGUUGAAAAAUAUAGGUGGAAGUGAAACUUUUGCUGACAAACAAGAUUUCUUUUAUCACGAAGUUCGAAAGCAUCAUCAAAAACAUUACCAUGAAAAACUUCUGGUGAAAGUUCAACGCGAUAAAUUGUUAGAAUCGUCUAUGAAAUCUACAAAAGGAUUCUCUGUUAGUGAUUGGUGUAGAAAUUUUGAGAUCAAUUUUCAAGGUGAACAAGGUGUUGAUUGGGGUGGUGUUCGACGGGAAUGGUUUGAAUUAAUUUGCGCGGCUCUAUUCGAUUCUGGAAACGGUUUAUUCGCGUCCUUCGGAGAAUCGCAGCAGGCACUAGUUCAUCCUAACAGUAAACGGCCUUCACAGCUUAAACUAAAGCAUUAUGAGUUUGCAGGGCGAAUCGUGGGCAAAUGCUUGUAUGAAUCUGCUCUUGGUGGUUCCUAUAGACAGUUAGUACGUGCAAGAUUUACGAGAUCAUUUCUUGCGCAAAUCAUAGGCCUCAGAGUACAUUAUAAGUAUUUCGAACAGGAUGAUCCAGAUUUAUAUCUGAGCAAAAUAAAGUAUAUUCUUGAAAAUGAUGUCGAGGAAAUGGAACUUUAUUUUGUCGAAGAAGAAUAUGACAAAGAUGGUCAAUUAUUAAAAGUAGCUGAAUUAAUUCCCGGAGGUAGUAAGAUUCGUGUAACAAACGAUACGAAACUUCGUUAUUUGGAUGCACUCGCACAACAUAGACUCGCUAGUUCCGUACGAAACGAAGUAGAACAUUUUCUAAGAGGUCUAAACGAACUUAUUCCUGAUAAUCUUUUGGGAAUUUUUGAUGAAAACGAACUUGAAUUAUUGUUGUGUGGUACUGGUGAAUACAGCGUAGCAGAUUUACGUGCGCACCAUAUAGCUAAUGGAAGCUCCCCAGAGUUUCUUCGAGUUCUUGAUUGGUUCUGGACUGCAGUUAGCAACUUCACGCAAGAGGAGAUGGCCCGAUUAUUACAAUUUACCACAGGCUGUUCGCAAUUACCACCAGGUGGAUUUCAACAAUUGAGUCCACGAUUUCAAAUUACAGCAGCACCAACUUUUGCCAAUUUGCCUACAGCACAUACUUGCUUCAAUCAGCUCUGCUUACCCGAUUAUGAAUGUUACGAUCACUUUGAGCGAGCUUUAUUAUUAGCGAUUAGUGAAGGUACUGAAGGAUUUGGUAUGAUUUAAAGAUUAAAUGUCAAUUAAGUUCUAGUCUUAUCGAAUUUUAUUAUUUAUUUCUUUUUUUUUUUUUAUUUGUAAUCAAUACAAUUUUAUUUAAAUAUGUAUUACGAG